AUGGCGAGGACGGGUGCUGCCAGGGCGAAGACCAGCAGGUGUUUACGGAUCCGGUUCCUCUCCAGACCAGCAUGCAUCAGGAAAGAGACCAGGCCAAAGGCUGCUGGGGCCUGGGGAGAAAGAGAGAGACAGUGUUUAAAACACACAGCUGGGGCCUGGGGGGAGAAAGAGAGACAGUUUAACAUACAGACCAAUUACAGGAAUUACAACUGAACUAACACCUGUGUAUACAUACUAGACGGGGGGGGGGGGGAGUCCUCCCCCCCACACUUUAUAAUAGCAUUGAUUGGUUACUUUUUAAUUGUUACCUCAUAGUUGUUCCUUUAUCUGUUUUGUGUUGUUCAUAUUGUUAGUGAAUUUAAAAGGUUGUUAUAGUGUGGGCUAGUGAGGAAGGAAGCUAUUCUGUUAACCAACAGUAAACCUCCCGAGUGGCGCAGUGGUCUAAGGCGCUGCAUCGCAGUGCUAGCUGUGCCACUAGAGAUCCUGGUCCGAAUCCAGGCUCUGUAGUAGCCGGCCGCGAACUGGAGACCCAUGGGGCGGCGCACAAUUGGCCCAGCGUCAUCCAGGGUAGGGGAGGGGAAUGGCCGGCAGGGGAUGUACCUCAAUUGGUAGAGCAUGGCGUUUGCAACGCCAGGGUUGUGGGUUCGAUUCCCACGGGGGGCCAGUAUGAAAAAAUAAUAAUGUAUGCACUCACUAACUGUAAGUCGCUCUGGAUAAGAGCGUCUGCUAAAUGACUAAAAAUGUUUUUUUUAAAAAGGAAGGAAGCUAUUCUGUUAACCAACACAGUGACAUCCGCUACAAACGUGUUGAAACAAAACAUGGAGCGCGAUAAGAUGAACGGGGUUGUCAUUGUACCUUGUGAAGCAUGAUGGCCACAAAGACAAUGAGCUGAACACUGGUCUGAGAGGUGGAAGCAGCUGCUCCGAGAGCCACUCCGUCCGCUGGAAUGUAGAGUAUUGUAUUGUUUAAAAUAACAUUUAUCAAAUCGUACCAACAAAAAAAAAAAAAAACACCAACAAGCCUUCAUAGCCUUCCACACACUCUUCUUCCUAAAACAUCUCGGUCUGAAACACUGUAUAAUGAAGCCAUCUUACCUGCUGCGUGGAACCACCAGUCCCAAAGUGGUGGUGAUCUUUGAACUGGCAACCCUCGCAGAUUCUGGAUCUAAACAAACACACACAUCAAAUCAGACAGACCACUCAAUGGACAAAUAUUGCUUUAAAAAAGUUAGAACCUUGAGGGCCUGGUUUCCCGGACAGAUUAAGCCUAACCCUGGGCUGAAAAGCACUUUCAAUGGUGAUUCUCCACUGAACAUAUCUUAGUUCAGGACUACUAGGCUUCAUCUGUGUCCGGGAAACAGGCCCUGAGAGUGGUGAGCUCCACCCACACUGACUGUUAUUUCUGUCCUGUCUGUCCUGUCCCGUCUGUGUCUGUGUCCCCGUGUGUGUGUGUGUGUGUGUGUGUGUGUGUGUGUGUGUGUGUGUGUGUGUGUGUGUGUGUGUGUGUGUGUGUGUGUGUGCGCGCAUGCUGUUCCCAGACUGACCGUCAGCGCUGCUGUGUACGUGGCUCUUCCUAUCUGUCGACCAGCAGCAUGAAGACGAACCCAGGACCAGGGAAACCCCGAUGUAGGCAUGGAGGUGUUUGGUGGCUGUGGCUGUGGCCCCCACUGACUCCCAAGCUGCCUCCACACCCUCCUUGGGCUCAACACCCCCACCCCCUCCGUCUGGACAGGGGCAUGGUGCAAACCUACAGAGAGAGAGAGACAGAGACCCUAACCCAUACAGUAAUUCAGAGACCCUAACCCAUACAGUAGAUUCAGAGACCCUAAACCACACAGUAGAUUCAGAGACCCUAACCCAUACAGUAGAUUCAGAGACCCUAACCCUACAGUAGAUUCAGAGACCGCAGAACCCUAACCCAUACAGUAGAUAAAAGACAGAGACCCUAACCCAUACAGUAGAUUCAGAGACCUAACCAUACAGUAGAUCAGAGACCCUAACCCUACAGUAGAUCCCGAGGGCCCUAAACCAACAGUAAUUCAGAGAAGACCCUAACCCAUACAGUAGAUUCCCGAGACCCUAACCCAUACAGUAGAUUCAAAAAGAACCCUAACCCAUACAGUAGAUUCAGAGACCCUAACCAUACAGUAGAUUCAGAGGACCUAACCCAUACAGUAGUUUUAGAGACCUAACCCAUACAGUAGAUUAAAAGACCCUAACCCAUACAGUAGAUUUGACAGAGACCCUAAACCCAUACAGUAGAUUCAGAGACCUAACCCAUUUCAGCGAUUCAGAGACCCAACCCCUACAGAGAUUCAAAGAGACCCUAACCAUACAGUAGAUGAGACCCUAACCCAUAAGUAGAUUGAGACCCUAACCCAUACAGUAGAUUCCAGAGACCCUAACCCAAACAGUAGAUUUAAGAGACAGAGACCCUAACCCAUACAGAGAUUCAGGGGACCCAACCCAUACAGUAGUUCAGAGCCCUAACCCAUACAGUAGAUUCAGAGACCCUAACCCAUACAGUAGAUUCGAAAAGACCCUAACCCAUACAGUAGAUUGAGACCCUAACCCAUACAGUGAUUGAGAGACCCUAACCCAUACAGUAGAUUUCCCGAGACCCUAACCCCACCGUAGAUUCAGAGAGACCCUAAAACCCAUACAGUAGAUUUUAAAGACAGAGACCCUAACCCAUACAGAGAUCAAAAACCUAACCCAUACAGUAGUUCAGAGACCCUAACCCAUACAGUAGAUUUAGAGACCCUAACCCAUACAGUAGAUUCAGAGACCCUAACCCAUACAGUAGAUUCAGAACCCUAACCCAUACGUAGAUUCAGAGACCCUAAACAUACAGCAGAUCAGAGACCCUAACCCAUACAGUAGAUUCCCGAGACCCCUAACCCAUACAGUAGAUUCAGAGACCCUAACCCAUACAGUAGAUUCAGAGACCCUAACCAUACAGUAGAUUCAGAACCCUAACCCAUACAGUAAUUCAGAGACCCUAACCAUACAGUAGAUUUAGAGACCCAAACCCCUACAGUAGAUUCAGAGGGCCCUAACCCAACAGUAGAUUCAGAGACCCUUAACCCUACAGUAGAUUCAGAGGGCCCUAACCCAUACAGAGAUUGGGGACCCUAACCCAUACAGAGAUUAGGACCCUAACCCAUACAGUAGAUUUUAAAAGAACCCUAAAACCCUACGUAGAUUCAGAGACCCUAACCCAUACAGUAGUUCAGAGACACUAACCCCUACAGUAGAUUCAGAGACCUAACCCAUUUCAUAGAUUAAAAGACCCUAACCCCUACAGUAGAUUCCCGAGACCCUAACCCAUACAGUAGAUUAAGAAGACCCUAACCCAUACAGUAGAUUCAGAGACCCUAACCCAUACAGAGAUUCAGAGACCCUAACCCAUACAGAGAUUCAGAGACCCUAACCCAUACAGUAAUUCAGAGACCCUAACCCUACAGUAGAUUCAGAGACCCUAACCCAUACAGUAGAUUCAAGACAAGGGCCCUAACCCAUACAGUUUGAUUCAAAGACAAAGACCCUAACCCAUACGAGAUUCAAAUGGACCCUAACCCAACAGUAGUUUUAGAGACCCUAACCCCUACAGUAAUUCAGAGACCCUAACCCAUACAGUAGAUUCAAGAGACCCAACCAUAAGUAGAUUGAGACCCUAACCAUACAGUAAUUCAGAACCCCAACCCAUACAGUAGAUACAGAGACCCUAAAACCCUACAGUAGAUUCAGAGACCCUACCCAUACAGUAGAUUCCCGAGACCCUAAACCAUACAGUAAGAUUCAGGAGACAAAGAAACCCCAACCAUACAGUAGAUUCAGAGACCCUAACCCAUACAGUCAAGGAAUUAAGAGACAGGACCCUAACCCAUACAGUAGAUUCAGAGACCCUAAACCCAUACAGUAAUUCAGAGACCCUAACCUAACAGUAGAUUCAGAGACCCUAACCCUUUCAGUAAUUCAGAGACCCUAACCAUACAGUAGAUUCAGAGGACCCUAACCCAACAGAGAUUCAGGACCCUAACCCAUACAGUACAUUCAGAGACCCUAACCCCAAGAGAUUCAAGAAGGACCCUAACCCAUACAGUAGAUUCAGAGACCCUAACCCAUACAGUAGAUUCAGAGAACCUAACCCAAAACAGUAGAUUAGAGACCCUAACCCAUACAGUAGAUUCAGAGACCCUAAACCCCUACAGAGAUUCAGAGACCCUAACCCAUACAGAGAUUCAGAAGACCCUAAACCCAUACAGAGAUUCAGGGGACCCUAACCCAUACAGUAGAUUCAGAGACCCUAACCCAUACAGUAGAUUCAGAGACCCAACCCAUACAGUAGAUUCGAGAGACCCUAAACCAUACAGUAGAUCCAGAGACCCCAACCCAUACAGUAGAUUCAAGGGGACCCUAACCCAUACAGUAGUUUUAGAGACCCUAACCCUACAGUAGAUUCAGAGACCCUAACCCAUACAAAUAGAUUCAGAGACCCUAACCAUACAGUAGAUUGAGACCCUAACCCAUACAGUAAUUGGGGACCCUAACCCCUACAGUAGAUUAAAGAGAGACCCUAACCCAUACAGUAGAUUAGAGACCCUAACCCAUACAGUAGAUUCCCGAGACCUAACCCCUACAGUAGAUCAGGACCCUACCCAUACAGUACUUCAGAGACCCUAACCCAUACAGUAGAUUCAGAGACAACAUACAGUUUUUUCCGAAAAGGGAACAACCCCAGUAACGGACCCAAAAUUUAAUUUACCCCUACAUGGGUCGAAUAAACCCCUUAGGGGCACCCCCGGGCCAAACCCCUCACAUAAUUCAAAGUAAUCAUUUUUCAGAAUUAAAAUUUCCUAAAGUUCGAAUAAAAUAAAUUAGAAAAAGGUAAACCCAUACAGGGUUUUUUGAAAACCCCAAAACGUUCGAGCCUUAACCCUACAUAAUCAAAAUAAAUACAUUUUAACAAAAACAUUAGUAGAACAGGCCAAAACCCUCCCCGGAAGGGCCACCCCCAGGUUCAAAACCCCCCCCUACGUUGAUUGGGUAACCUUAAGGGUCAACGGAUAGAAGGAACCCCCAACGGGUAGUCAGAAAAACUCCCUACCCUGGGUUGGCCCCUAAGGUCAAACUAAAAAAAGCAGAAUUAGAGCCCUCCAUUGGAUUAGGACCCCCUACGAGAAGAACAAUCACAGAUUAAAACCUAAAUAUAUUUUGUUAAAUAAUAAGGAAAGACCUCCAUACAGUGAUUAAAAACAGAGUAAUAAUAAUCAAAACAAGCCAAAACAAAUUUUAGGCCCCCUAAUUUUAAACCCACCUCAUUUUAGGCCCUAAAAAAAGCAGUUAAAAACCCCCCCCAUCGUGGUGAACCAACCCAACAGUUUAAGAGGAAACCCAACCCCAAAAUAACCCGGGCCCUGGAGGAUUAGUAACUGGCUCAUGGGACCCCCCCCCUCCCCCAACUGACCUGGCUGAGUCCUACGAAGGUAACCAUGGCGAGGACGGGUGCUGCCAGGGCGAAGACCAGCAGGUGUUUACGGAUCCGGUUCCUCUCCAGACCAGCAUGCAUCAGGAAAGAGACCAGGCCAAAGGCUGCUGGGGCCUGGGGAGAAAGAGAGAGACAGUGUUUAAAAACACACAGCUGGGGCCUGGGGGGGAAAGAGAGACAGUUUAACAUACAGACCAAUUACAGGAAUUACAACUGAACUAACACCUGUGUAUACAUACUAGACGGGGGGGGGGGGAGUCCUCCCCCCCCACACUUUAUAAUAGCAUUGAUUGGUUACUUUUUAAUUGUUUACCUCAUAGUUGUUCCUUUAUCUGUUUUGUGUUGUUUCAUAUUGUUAGUGAAUUUAAAAGGUUGUUAUAGUGUGGGCUAGUGAGGAAGGAAAGCUAUUCUGUUAACCAACAGUAAACCUCCCGAGUGGCGCAGUGGUCUAAGGCGCUGCAUCGCAGUGCUAGCUGUGCCACUAGAGAUCCUGGUCCGAAUCCAGGCUCUGUAGUAGCCGGCCGCGAACUGGAGACCCAUGGGGCGGCGCACAAUUGGCCCAGCGUCAUCCAGGGUAGGGGAGGGGAAUGGCCGGCAGGGGAUGUACCUCAAUUGGUAGAGCAUGGCGUUUGCAAACGCCAGGGUUGUGGGUUCGAUUCCCACGGGGGGCCAGUAUGAAAAAAUAAUAAUGUAUGCACUCACUAACUGUAAGUCGCUCUGGAUAAGAGCGUCUGCUAAAUGACUAAAAAUGUUUUUUUUUAAAAAGGAAGGAAGCUAUUCUGUUAACCAACACAGUGACAUCCGCUACAAACGUGUUGAAACAAAACAUGGAGCGCGAUAAGAUGAACGGGGUUGUCAUUGUACCUUGUGAAGCAUGAUGGCCACAAAGACAAUGAGCUGAACACUGGUCUGAGAGGUGGAAGCAGCUGCUCCGAGAGCCACUCCGUCCGCUGGAAUGUAGAGUAUUGUAUUGUUUAAAAUAACAUUUAUCAAAUCGUACCAACAAAAAAAAAAAAAAAACACCAACAAGCCUUCAUAGCCUUCCACACACUCUUCUUCCUAAAACAUCUCGGUCUGAAACACUGUAUAAUGAAGCCAUCUUACCUGCUGCGUGGACCACCAGUCCCAAAGUGGUGGUGAUCUUUGAACUGGCAACCCUCGCAGAUUCUGGAUCUAAACAAACACACACAUCAAAUCAGACAGACCACUCAAUGGACAAAUAUUGCUUUAAAAAAGUAGAACCUUGAGGGCCUGGUUUCCCGGACAGAUUAAGCCUAACCCUGGGCUGAAAAGCACUUUCAAUGGUGAUUCUCCACUGAACAUAUCUUAGUUCAGGACUACUAGGCUUCAUCUGUGUCCGGGAAACAGGCCCUGAGAGUGGUGAGCUCCACCCACACUGACUGUUAUUUCUGUCCUGUCCCGUCUGUGUCUGUGUCCCCGUGUGUGUGUGGUGUGUGUUGUGUGUGUGUGUGUGUGUGUGUGUGUGUGUGUGUGUGUGUGUGUGUGUGUGUGCGCGCAUGCUGUUCCCAGACUGACCGUCAGCGCUGCUGUGUACGUGGGCGCUUCCUAUCUGGUCGACCAGCAGCAUGAAGACGAACCCCAGGACCAGGGAAACCCCGAUGUAGGCAUGGAGGUGUUGGUGGCUGUGGCUGUGGCCCCCACUGACUCCCAGAGCUGCAUCCACACCCUCCUUGGGCUCAGACACCCCCACCCCCUCCGUCUGGACAGGGGCAUGGUGCAAACCUACAGAGAGAGAGAGACAGAGACCCUAACCCAUACAGUAGAUUCAGAGACCCUAACCCAUACAGUAGAUUCAGAGACCCUAAACCACACAGUAGAUUCAGAGACCCUAACCCAUACAGUAGAUUCAGAGACCCUAACCCAUACAGUAGAUUCAGAGACCGAGACCCUAACCCAUACAGUAGAUUCAGAGACCCUAACCCAUACAGUAGAUUCAGAGACAGAGACCCUAACCCAUACAGUAGAUUCAGAGACACUAACCCAUACAGUAGAUACAGAGACCCUAACCCAUACAGUAGAUUCAGAGACCCUAACCCAUACAGUACAUUCAGAGACCCUAACCCAUACAGUAGAUUCAGAGACCCUAACCCAUACAGUAGAUUCAGAGACCCUAACCCAUACAGUAGAUUCAGAGACCCUAACCCAUACAGUAGAUUCAGAGACCCUAACCCAUACAGUAGAUUCAAAGAAAGAGACCAUAACCCAUACAGUAGAUUAAGAGACCCUAACCCAUACAGUAGAUUCAGAGACAGAGACCCUAACCCAUACAGUAGAUUCAGAGACCCUAACCCAUACAGCAGAUUCAGAGACCCUAACCCAUACAGCAGAUUCAGAGACCCUAACCCAUACAGUAGAUUCAGAGACCCUAACCCAUACAGUAGAUUCAGAGACCCUAACCCAUACAGUAGAUUCAAAGACAGAGACCCUAACCCAAACAGUAGAUUCAAAGACAGAGACCCUAACCCAUACAGUAGAUUCAGAGUGAGACCCUAACCCAUACAGUAGUUUCAGAGACCCUAACCCAUACAGUAGAUUCAGAGACCCUAACCCAUACAGUAGAUUCAGAUUCAGAGACCCUAACCCAUACAGUAGAUUGAGACCCUAACCCAUACAGUAUAUUGAGAGACCCUAACCCAUACAGUAGAUUCAAAGACAGAGACCCUAACCCAUACAGUAGAUUCAGAGACCCUAACCCAUACAGUAGAUUCAAAGACAGAGACCCUAACCCAUACAGUAGAUCCAGAGACCCUAACCCAUACAGUAGCUUCAGAGACCCUAACCCAUACAGUAGAUUCAGAGACCCUAACCCAUACAGUAGAUUCAAAGACAGAGACCCUAACCCAUACACAGUAGAUUCAGAGACCCUAACCCAUACAGUAGAUUCAGAGACCCUAACCCAUACAGUAGAUUCAGAGACCCUAACCCAUACAGUAGAUUCAGAGACAGAGACCCUAAACCCAUACAGUAGAUUCAGAGACCCUAACCCAUACAGUAGAUACAGAGACCCUAACCCAUACAGUAGAUUCAGAGACCCUAACCCAUACAGUACAUUCAGAGACCCUAACCCAUACAGUAGAUUCAGAGACCCUAACCCAUACAGUAGAUUCAGAGACCCUAACCCAUACAGUAGAUUCAGAGACCCUAACCCAUACAGUAGAUUCAGAGACCCUAACCCAUACAGUAGAUUGAGACCCUAACCCAUACAGUAGAUUGAGAGACCCUAACCCAUACAGUAGAUUCAAAGACAGAGACCCUAACCCAUACAGUAGAUUCAGAGACCCUAACCCAUACAGUAGAUUCAGAGACCCUAACCCAUACAGUAGAUUCAGAGACCCUAACCCAUACAGUAGAUUCAGAGACCCUAACCCAUACAGUAGAUUCAAAGACAGAGACCCUAACCCAUACAGUAGAUUAAGAGACCCUAACCCAUACAGUAGAUUCAGAGACCCUAACCCAUACAGCAGAUUCAGAGACCCUAACCCAUACAGCAGAUUCAGAGACCCUAACCCAUACAGUAGAUUCAGAGACCCUAACCCAUACAGUAGAUUCAGAGACCCUAACCCAUACAGUAGAUUCAAAGACAGAGACCCUAACCCAUACAGUAGAUUCAAAGACAGAGACCCUAACCCAUACAGUAGAUUCAGAGUGAGACCCCUAAACCCAUACAGUAGUUUCAGAGACCCUAACCCAUACAGUAGAUUCAGAGACCCUAACCCAUACAGUAGAUUCAGAUUCAGAGACCCUAACCCAUACAGUAGAUUGAGACCCUAACCCAUACAGUAUAUUGAGAGACCCUAACCCAUACAGUAGAUUCAAAGACAGAGACCCUAACCCAUACAGUAGAUUCAGAGACCCUAACCCAUACAGUAGAUUCAAAGACAGAGACCCUAACCCAUACAGUAGAUCCAGAGACCCUAACCCCAUACAGUAGAUACAGAGACCCUAACCCAUACAGUAGAUUCAGAGACCCUAACCCAUACAGUACAUUCAGAGGACCCUAACCCAUACAGUAGAUUCAGAGACCCUAACCCAUACAGUAGAUUCAGAGACCCUAACCCAUACAGUAGAUACAGAGACCCUAACCCAUACAGUAGAUUCAGAGACCCUAACCCAUACAGUACAUUCAGAGACCCUAACCCAUACAGUAGAUUCAGAGACCCUAACCCAUACAGUAGAUUCAGAGACCCUAACCCAUACAGUAGAUUCAGAGACCCUAACCCAUACAGUAGAUUCAGAGACCCUAACCCAUACAGUAGAUUCAGAGACCCUAACCCAUACAGUAGAUUCAAAGAAAGAGACCAUAACCCAUACAGUAGAUUAAGAGACCCUAACCAUACAGUAGAUUCAGAGACAGAGACCCUAACCCAUACAGCAGAUUCAGAGACCCUAACCCAUACAGCAGAUUCAGAGACCCUAACCCAUACAGCAGAUUCAGAGACCCUAACCCAUACAGUAGAUUCAGAGACCCUAACCCAUACAGUAGAUUCAGAGACCCUAACCCAUACAGUAGAUUCAAAGACAGAGACCCUAACCCAUACAGUAGAUUCAAAGACAGAGACCCUAACCCAUACAGUAGAUUCAGAGUGAGACCCUAACCCAUACAGUAGUUUCAGAGACCCUAACCCAUACAGUAGAUUCAGAGACCCUAACCCAUACAGUAGAUUCAGAUUCAGAGACCCUAACCCAUACAGUAGAUUGAGACCCUAACCCAUACAGUAUAUUGAGAGACCCUAACCCAUACAGUAGAUUCAAAGACAGAGACCCUAACCCAUACAGUAGAUUCAGAGACCCUAACCCAUACAGUAGAUUCAAAGACAGAGACCCUAACCCAUACAGUAGAUCCAGCGACCCUAACCCAUACAGUAGCUUCAGAGACCCUAACCCAUACAGUAGAUUCAGAGACCCUAACCCAUACAGUAGAUUCAAAGACAGAGACCCUAACCCAUACAGUAGAUUCAGAGACCCUAACCCAUACAGUAGAUUCAGAGACCCUAACCCAUACAGUAGAUUCAGAGACCCUAACCCAUACAGUAGAUUCAGAGACAGAGACCCUAACCCAUACACAGUAGAUUCAGAGACCCUAACCCAUACAGUAGAUUCAGAGACCCUAACCCAUACAGUAGAUUCAGAGACCCUAACCCAUACAGUAGAUUCAGAGACAGAGACCCUAACCCAUACAGUAGAUUCAGAGACCCUAACCCAUACAGUAGAUACAGAGACCCUAACCCAUACAGUAGAUUCAGAGACCCUAACCCAUACAGUACAUUCAGAGACCCUAACCCAUACAGUAGAUUCAGAGACCCUAACCCAUACAGUAGAUUCAGAGACCCUAACCCAUACAGUAGAUUCAGAGACCCUAACCCAUACAGUAGAUUGAGACCCUAACCCAUACAGUAGAUUGAGAGACCCUAACCCAUACAGUAGAUUCAAAGACAGAGACCCUAACCCAUACAGUAGAUUCAGAGACCCUAACCCAUACAGUAGAUUCAGAGACCCUAACCCAUACAGUAGAUUCAGAGACCCUAACCCAUACAGUAGAUUCAGAGACCCUAACCCAUACAGUAGAUUCAGAGACCCUAACCCAUACAGCAGAUUCAGAGACCCUAACCCAUACAGCAGAUUCAGAGACCCUAACCCAUACAGUAGAUUCAGAGACCCUAACCCAUACAGUAGAUUCAGAGACCCUAACCCAUACAGUAGAUUCAAAGACAGAGACCCUAACCCAUACAGUAGAUUCAAAGACAGAGACCCUAACCCAUACAGUAGAUUCAGAGUGAGACCCUAACCCAUACAGUAGUUUCAGAGACCCUAACCCAUACAGUAGAUUCAGAGACCCUAACCCAUACAGUAGAUUCAGAUUCAGAGACCCUAACCCAUACAGUAGAUUGAGACCCUAACCCAUACAGUAUAUUGAGAGACCCUAACCCAUACAGUAGAUUCAGAGACCCUAACCCAUACAGUAGAUUCAAAGACAGAGACCCUAACCCAUACAGUAGAUCCAGAUACCCUAACCCAUACAGUAGCUUCAGAGACCCUAACCCAUACAGUAGAUUCAGAGACCCUAACCCAUACAGUAGAUUCAAAGACAGAGACCCUAACCCAUACAGUAGAUUCAGAGACCCUAACCCAUACAGUAGAUUCAGAGACCCUAACCCAUACAGUAGAUUCAGAGACCCUAACCCAUACAGUAGAUUCAGAGACCCUAACCCAUACAGUAGAUUCAGAGACCCUAACCCAUACAGUAGAUUCAGAGACCCUAACCCAUACAGUAGAUUCAAAGACAGAGACCCUAACCCAUACAGUAGAUUCAGAGACCCUAACCCAUACAGUAGAUUCAGAGACCGAGACCCUAACCCAUACAGUAGAUUCAGAGACCCUAACCCAUACAGCAGAUUCAGAGACCCUAACCCAUACAGUAGAUUCAGAGACCCUAACCCAUACAGUAGAUUAAGAGACCCUAACCCAUACAGUAGAUUCAGAGACCCUAACCCAUACAGUAGAUUCAGAGACCCUAACCCAUACAGUACAUUCAGAGACCCUAAACCAUACAGUAGAUUCAGAGACCCUAACCCAUACAGUACAUUCAGAGACCCUAACCCAUACAGUACAUUCAGAGACCCUAACCCAUACAGUAGAUUCAGAGUGAGACCCUAACCCAUACAGUAGAUUCAGAGACCCUAACCCAUACAGUAGAUUCAGAGACCCUAACCCAUACAGUAGAUUCAGAGACCCUAACCCAUACAGUAGAUUCAGAGACCCUAACCCAUACAGUAGAUUCAGAGACCCUAACCCAUACAGUAGAUUCAGAGAUCCUAACCCAUACAGUACAUUCAGAGACCCUAACCCAUACAGCAGAUUCAGAGACCCUAACCCAUACAGUAGAUUCAGAGACCCUAACCCAUACAGUAGAUUCAAAGACAGAGACCCUAACCCAUACAGUAGAUUCAGAGACCCUAACCCAUACAGUAGAUUCAGAGACCCUAACCCAUACAGUAGAUUCAGAGACCCUAACCCAUACAGUAGAUUCAGAGACCCUAACCCAUACAGUAGAUUCUGAGACCCUAACCCAUACAGUAGAUUCAGAGACCCUAACCCAUACAGUAGAUUCAGAGACCCUAACCCAUACAGUAGAUUCAGAGAUCCUAACCCAUACAGUACAUUCAGAGACCCUAACCCAUACAGCAGAUUCAGAGACCCUAACCCAUACAGUAGAUUCAGAGACCCUAACCCAUACAGUAGAUUCAAAGACAGAGACCCUAACCCAUACAGUAGAUUCAGAGACCCUAACCCAUACAGUAGAUUCAGAGACCCUAACCCAUACAGUAGAUUCAGAGACCCUAACCCAUACAGUAGAUUCAGAGACCCUAACCCAUACAGUAGAUUCAGAGACCCUAACCCAUACAGUACAUUCAGAGACCCUAACCCAUACAGUACAUUCAGAGACCCUAACCCAUACAGUAGAUUCAGAGACCCUAACCCAUACAGUAGAUUCAGAGACAGAGACCCUAACCCAUACAGUAGAUUCAGAGACCCUAACCCAUACAGUAGAUUCAAAGACAGAGACCCUAACCCAUACAGCAGAUUCAGAGACCCUAACCCAUACAGUAGAUUCAGAGACCCUAACCCAUACAGUAGAUUAAGAGACCCUAACCCAUACAGUAGAUUCAGAGACCCUAACCCAUACAGUAGAUUCAGAGACCCUAACCCAUACAGUAGAUUCAGAGACCCUAACCCAUACAGUACAUUCAGAGACCCUAACCCAUACAGUAGAUUCAGAGACCCUAACCCAUACAGUACAUUCAGAGACCCUAACCCAUACAGUAGAUUCAGAGUGAGACCCUAACCCAUACAGUAGAUUCAGAGUGAGACCCUAACCCAUACAGUAGAUUCAGAGACCCUAACCCAUACAGUAGAUUCAGAGACCCUAACCCAUACAGUAGAUUCAGAGACCCUAACCCAUACAGUAGAUUCAGAGACCCUAACCCAUACAGUAGAUUCAGAGACCCUAACCCAUACAGUAGAUUCAGAGACCCUAACCCAUACAGUAGAUUCAGAGACCCUAACCCAUACAGUAGAUUCAGAGAUCCUAACCCAUACAGUACAUUCAGAGACCCUAACCCAUACAGCAGAUUCAGAGACCCUAACCCAUACAGUAGAUUCAGAGAUAGACAUACACUUCUUGGUUUCCGUUAGGAACAUUUGGCGCCAGACAACGUGACCGGCAAGAUUUUAAUUUACAUAUGCAUUGGGUGUGUAACGCAUUAGGGCGUCCACCCACGGUGCUCAAAAAUCACAUUUAGAUUAUUGUAAUUCAUCUUAACAGAAUAGAAAUUAGCCUGUAAAGUCUUAAUAAAAUUAAGUAGAAAAAUGGUAAUACCAACAUCACAGGUUUUAUUGAAAAGCAAAACGUUUCCCGUUGCGUCUUCAUCCCUGCUAUAAAUCAUAAAUGAAUAUCAUUUUUUUUUUAAACAUUUAGCCUAGAACAUGUGUCAAACUCAUUCCACGGAGGGCCGAGUGUCUGCAGGGUUUCACUCCUCCCCUGUACUUGAUUGAUGAAUUAAGGGUCACUGAUUAGUAAGGAACUCCCCUCACCUGGUUGUCUAGGUCUUAGUAAGGAACUCCCCUCACCUGGUUGCCUAGGUCUUAGUAAGGAACACCCCACACCUGGUUGUCUAGGGCUUAGUAAGGAACUCCCCACACCUGGUUGUUUAGGUCUUAGUAAGGAACUCCCCUCACCUGGUUGUCUAGGUCUUAGUAAGGAACUCCCCUCACCUGGUUGUCUAGGUCUUAAACUAAAACCAGCAGACACUAGGCCCUCCAUUGGAUGAGUUUGACUCCCCUGGACGAGAAGAACAAGUCACCAGUAAUAAAACGUCUAAAUAUAAUAUUUGUAUAAUAUAAUUUGCGAAUGACCUGUCCUAUAGGCUAUUUGUAUUAAAAAUAUUUAUUAAUGAAUAACAAAACACAGCUGGUUUCAAAGACAAUCUAGGCCUCUCUAAUUUAAUUUAGCCCCGGCAUGAACAUUUUAAUUGGGCCUAAUAAAUAACAAAACAUGGCUGUCUACGAACACUGGGGCAGGCCCGCCCCACUCCCGCUGUGAUUCACCACCACAGCAGUGGGAAGAGGCCACCCACGCCCCACUCCCGCUGCGAUUCAGCACCACAGCAGUGGGAAGAGGCCACCCACGCCCCACUCCCGCUGCGAUUCACCACCACAGCAGUGGGAAGAGGCCACCCACGCCCCACUCCCGCUGCGAUUCAGCACCACAGCAGUGGGAAGAGGCCACCCACGCCCCACUCCCGCUGCGAUUCAGCACCACAACAGUGGGAAGAGGCCACCCACGCCCCACUCCCGCUGCGAUUCAGCACCACAGCAGUGGGAAGAGGCCACCCACGCCCCACUCCCGCUACGAUUCAGCACCACAGCAGUGGGAAGAGGCCACCCACGCCCCACUCCCGCUGCGAUUCAGCACCACAACAGUGGGAAGAGGCCACCCACGCCCCACUUCCGCUGCGAUUCACCACCACAGCAGUGAGAAGAGGCCACCCACGCCCCACUCCCGCUACGAUUCACCACCACAGCAGUGGGAAGAGGCCACCCACGCCCCACUCCCGCUGCGAUUCAGCACCACAGCAGUGGGAAGAGGCCACCCACGCCCCACUCCCGCUGCGAUUCAGCACCACAGCAGUGGGAAGAGGCCACCCACGCCCCACUCCUGCUGCGAUUCACCACCACAGCAGUGGGAAGAGGCCACCCACGCCCCACUCCCGCUGCGAUUCAGCACCACAGCAGUGGGAAGAGGCCACCCACGCCCCACUCCCGCUGCGAUUCAGCACCACAGCAGUGGGAAGAGGCCACCCACGCCCCACUCCCGCUGCGAUUCACCACCACAGCAGUGGGAAGAGGCCACCCACGCCCCACUCCCGCUGCGAUUCACCACCCCAGCAGUGGGAAGAGGCCACCCACGCCCCACUCCCGCUGCGAUUCACCACCACAGCAGUGGGAAGAGGCCACCCACGCCCCACUCCCGCUGCGAUUCACCACCACAGCAGUGGGAAGAGGCCACCCACGCCCCACUCCCGCUGCGAUUCAGCACCACAGCAGUGGGAAGAGGCCACCCACGCCCCACUCCCGCUGCGAUUCAGCACCACAGCAGUGGGAAGAGGCCACCCACGCCCCACUCCCGCUGCGAUUCAGCACCACAGCAGUGGGAAGAGGCCACCCACGCCCCACUCCCGCUGCGAUUCAGCACCACAGCAGUGGGAAGAGGCCACCCACGCCCCACUCCCGCUGCGAUUCAGCACCACAGCAGUGGGAAGAGGCCACCCACGCCCCACUCCCGCUGCGAUUCAGCACCACAGCAGUGGGAAGAGGCCACCCACGCCCCACUCCCGCUGCGAUUCAGCACCACAGCAGUGGGAAGAGGCCACCCACGCACCACUCCCGCUGCGAUUCACCACCACAACAGUGGGAAGAGGCCACCCACGCCCCACUCCCGCUGCGAUUCACCACCACAGCAGUGGGAAGAGGCCACCCACGCACCACUCCCGCUGCGAUUCAGCACCACAGCAGUGGGAAGAGGCCACCCACGCCCCACUCCCGCUGCGAUUCAGCACCACAGCAGUGGGAAGAGGCCACCCACGCCCCACUCCCGCUGCGAUUCAGCACCACAGCAGUGGGAAGAGGCCACCCACGCCCCACUCCCGCUGCGAUUCAGCACCACAGCAGUGGGAAGAGGCCACCCACGCCCCACUCCCGCUGCGAUUCAGCACCACAGCAGUGGGAAGAGGCCACCCACGCCCCACUCCCGCUGCGAUUCAGCACCACAGCAGUGGGAAGAGGCCACCCACGCACCACUCCCGCUGCGAUUCACCACCACAACAGUGGGAAGAGGCCACCCACGCCCCACUCCCGCUGCGAUUCAGCACCACAGCAGUGGGAAGAGGCCACCCACGCACCACUCCCGCUGCGAUUCACCACCACAACAGUGGGAAGAGGCCACCCACGCCCCACUCCCGCUGCGAUUCAGCACCACAGCAGUGGGAAGAGGCCACCCACGCACCACUCCCGCUGCGAUUCAGCACCACAGCAGUGGGAAGAGGCCACCCACGCCCCACUCCCGCUGCGAUUCAGCACCACAGCAGUGGGAAGAGGCCACCCACGCCCCACUCCCGCUGCGAUUCAGCACCACAGCAGUGGGAAGAGGCCACCCACGCCCCACUCCCGCUGCGAUUCAGCACCACAGCAGUGGGAAGAGGCCACCCACGCCCCACUCCCGCUGCGAUUCAGCACCACAGCAGUGGGAAGAGGCCACCCACGCACCACUCCCGCUGCGAUUCACCACCACAACAGUGGGAAGAGGCCACCCACGCCCCACUCCCGCUGCGAUUCAGCACCACAGCAGUGGGAAGAGGCCACCCACGCACCACUCCCGCUGUGAUUCAGCACCACAGCAGUGGGAAGAGGCCACUCUAGGUGGCCACAAACUGAAGAAAUUAUAA